ACUAGAAUUUUCUACCUAAGCUGAAUGAAAUCGUAUACGAAUGGCUAAAAAACCGGGCCACAUUAAACUGCUGCGUAUAACCAACCUAUACGAUGUUACCGCUAAACAGCUUUAUCUCUACGUACAGGGAUUGCAUCGUCACAUUCGAUUGCAAAGAAGCCAAAUACACCGAUUGAAAAAGAAAAUUCAUGCUCUGCGACGGCAACGAAAGUUCCUAAAAGUAAACAGUGCAACAGACAGGGAACAACCACCAGUUGAGCCGGAUGAUUAUGUUCCGGAAGAGGCUGACCUGGUGGAACAACCGCUCGACAUAAAAGCAUUUGUUGAUGAUAUCAAGAAAACAGCCCAAGAUGUAGAUAUCCAGAAUAGAUACAUUUAUGAACCUACUUCUGGGUUGUACUAUGAUCCUGCCACAGGAUAUUACUAUAAUUCGAUUUACGGUUUACACUACGACGGCCACCGUGGAUGCUAUUUGAAGUACAAUGAAGAAACCAAGGAGUAUGAUUUCUAUUCACAAGUCAUUCCCGAAACAAUGCUUGAAACCGAACCCAAUACCAAACAAAAGAAAACGAAACGCACCGAUGCAUCUCGGGACAAGGACGUCGCGAAAAAGACGCUCGAUAGCGAGGACAGUGAAGGCAGUAGACGUCGCCGGAAGCGCAAUCGCAAGCACAAAAAGCGUAACCGCCGUAAGCACCGUCAUCGGUCACGAUCGCGCUCGGAGUCGGAAUCGAGCGACAGUAGCGAUUCCGUUCCGAAGCGGUCAAAAAAGAAACGUAAAUCGAAGCGCAAACAUCACAAAUCGUCCUCGGACGAUGGUGUGAAGGAAGAGGGCGAGCUGGAGAGUAGCGAUAGCAGCAAUUCCAGGUCGGUGGAAUCGGUUAUAGUGGUGAAAUCUAGCGACGAGAAUAGUGCCGACUCGACUGAACAGUUUAAGACGGGCUACAAAGAUGUGGCCAAACGAUAUCCACCGUCACUGCGAAUGAUAGUACAAGAAACAAAUGUGAAGGACCUUAAGAUCGGAUCCCUUUUUAUUGUGACCUGUAAAGGAGGCACGCUAGGGCGGGAAGGAAACCACGAUGUAAUUAUACCCGACAUUAACGUCUCCAAACAGCACCUGCAGUUCACGUACAAUGCACGGAAAGCGAUGUACCAGUUUGUGGAUCUUGGAUCACGCAACGGAACGCUUUACAACGGUGUACGGGUCAAGCUAAACGAACAACAAUCACAAAGCGAUCCACAAAAUCUGGCCCACGGUAGUGUGCUUCAGCUAAACCAGACCAAACUACUCUGCCACGUGCACGAAGGUAACUCAACGUGCGGAAAGUGUGAGCCAGGAUUGCUGGUAAACGUGGAACCCGUCGUUGCACCGGAAAUCGUUUCGAAAAUUACAAAACCCGUCUCGCACAAGGAAGGUCUAAAGUUGAUUCAGAAACGAUUCGGUUUGGAGAAUGAAAAAUAUGUUGGAGGAAACAAUGGCAGUGAGGGUGGUAACAAUGUCGAUUAUAAGGACCGAGCCGCCGUACGGCGGAAAGUUAAGGGCAGUUCGAACGAGCACGAGAAAACGCAGGUCGCUUCGUUGGAUCAAUCGAUCGCCAGCAACAACAAAGGCUUCCAGAUGCUUUCCAAGCUCGGAUGGAACGAGGGCAAACCGCUCGGUAAGAACGAUUCCGGGCUAACCGAACCGAUAGCGCUUACCUCGAACGUCGGAAAAUCGGGUCUCGGGAGCCUGAAUCAGAUGGCAAUCGGUGGGCCACACAAUGCGCAACCGGUCGAUCCACGGAAGCAUAGUAUAUGGCUCAAAACACAGGAACGCUUCGAACGGUCGACGGUGUUCAAGAAGGAAAGCAGUGACGAAUCGGAGUGA